AUGAUUGGAGUUAAUGCUGUUCCCAUUGAUGGUUCACCUUCUGCAAGUGUUGACAAAAUCUGCAAGGCAGACUUCGGCGUAAUAAGUAUGAGUGAUAAACUAGGGUUUCUUAAAAACAAAUUCGAAAUCCUCGGUGGUGAGGCGAUGGCUUCAUCGGAGAUCAAUCCUCAGGUAUCUGUUCUUGGACAGGAAGGUAGUGAUUCAGUCCAAUCUCAAUCUGAUCGUAGGGUUAACCCCCUAGAUCUGGCAAAUCAGCAUAACGAGGGAAGGGUUAUUUCGAACGAUCCUCAGAAAUCGAAGAUGGUAGAAGCUUCCAUAGAUGGUCCUCAUCUGGUGGAUCAACUGGUAAAUCGCAAAGGAGAGCGUGACUUCGAAACCCCCCAUCUGACUUUUGAUCCCCGGACUAUUGUAGAUCGGGUUGAAAGGCUUAAAUCGUCAAACCCUAACCUGGCCAUCGGAGCCCCUUCGACUCCAGGUACUCCUCGUUGGUCAGAUCGUAGUGAGAAUAAGCCUUCUGUGUUCCAUAGGCUUCCCGAGAGCCUGGACAUAGCAAGGAAUAGAGGUGAUGGGAAGUCUCGUGAGGUUACGGAGGGUGAUUCAAGGCAGCCGUCUAACAAUGUGAGGAAAAAUCUACAAGCCUUUCUGGGUCAGGAAGAACACAAGGAGGAUAUCUCAUUCGGUGAUAAUCUAGAUCGUGGAGGGGCUAAUACUCGAGGAGGUAGAGGAAACAGAGGACGUGGUGGAGGUAGGGGAUCUGGAAAUCACUCGGGGAAAUCGUGGGCUGAAAUCACAAAUUCGUCCACAAGAUCGCAAGUCUCUCUCAGGUACUUCCCUCCUACUGUUAAAGACGACUUUAUCAGUGUUGAUUUGCCCCCUAGACCUAAUCCCCUUCGAAAGUGGGAUUCCUGUUUGGUGGGUUAUUUCUUUGGGAAAGGGGUUAACUUCAACUACAUGAAGAAUAAUGCAUUUAGCAUGUGGAAGAAUAAGGGUCUUAAAGAAGUUUUAGCUAAUGGUGGAGGCUUCAUUUUCUUCAUUUUUGAUAACCCUGAGUGUUGCUUUGAAGUCCUAGAGGGAGGUCAUUGGUACAUUGGGGGCUUCAAUAUUAUUCUAAAAAAAUGGAAACGUAUGAUGAAAUUAUCGAAGGAGAAGGUGACUAAAGUACCAGUCUGGGUUAGGUUCUAUAAUAUUCCUUUAGAAUAUUGGGAUGAUGAUGGCCUUGGUAGGAUUGCUAGUGCUGUUGGUAACCCGUUGUUCACGGAUCAGCUCACUACUAGUGGGGGUCUUCCUGCUAAAUGUGAACAUUGUGUAGCUUUUGGCCAUGACACAACUAGAUGUGUUACUACUCAAGUGGCUAAACUGGUGUCUCUCCAGAAAGAAACAGAAGAGAAUCCUACUGAGCCUGGCUGGACCACUAUUAUAGCUAAAGGGAAGAUGCAAGGAACUCAUGGAACAAAUGAAGAGGAAGGUCUGACUUCUAAUUUGCAAGGGGAGGUUUCACUACCUGACCAAAUUGAAGCUACUGAUGAGGAAUUACUGUUGAAUAGGGAAGUGCCUUUUACAGAUCAAGCAAAAAAUUCUGACUCAGUAGCAGAGGACAACAGGCCUGCUGCUUCUCAGAUUCUUGCUGGUUCUUCUGCUGACACCGGGGAAGAUGUUCCCUACAUUGAGGGCCUGCAAGAGAUGAAGACCAGCUUGGCAGAUAUUAUAAGCCUUAUCAUCCCUCAAGACCCAACAUUGCUGGAGGAAGUACAGAAGUUCAAGGAUUCAACUCCUGGUAGUCCUAAUGCUAUUCCUGUGCCAAAUCAACCAACUCCAGCAAAAGGUAAAUCCUCUGGCAAGAGCAGCAAUAGCCAGAGGAAAAAGAAGAGAGGGUUGAAUGAUCCUUCUAAACAUAGAGAGUUAAAAAAUUUUGUGGUUAAAGAAGAUAUUAAAGUCAUGGGUAUUUUGGAGACCAAAAUAAGAGCUCUAUCUGCCUCUGAUCAACAUAUUUUUUGUAAGAUUACUGAUCUUACUCAGGCCUCUACUUUCCUUGCCUGUUUUGUGUAUGCUGACAAUAACUACCCUUUAAGAAGGGUCUUUUGUGAAACCAUGAAGGAGGAAUUUAAUUCUUAUAUUCUUGCCUCUGAGCUUGACGAUUUGUCAUAUUCUGGCUGCCAAUUUACUUGGGCUAACAAGAGGGAUUGUCGGGAGUACAUUGCUACUAAAAUUGAUAGAGUUUUGGUUAAUGAGUCUUGGCUGGAUAAAUUUUCCAACUCUACUGCUAUUUUUCUGCCUUCUACUAUUUUUGACCACUCUUCUGCUGUUGUGACUGUUUCUGAUGUUGUCACCUCUUAUAAGAAACCUUUUAAGGUCUGUCAAAAGCUUAGAAAUUUGAAACCUGGGUUGAGAGACCUAAACAAGAAAGAUUUUAGUGACAUAUCUACCAGAGUCCUUGUUGCUAAGUCAGACCUUGAAUCUGUUCAAUGUAAAUUGGACAAGGAUCUGAGCAAUCUGAUUUUGCAGAAUCUUGAGAGAACUAACCACAGGCAUUAUGUGGAUUUAUGUGCUGUGGAGGAGAGUCUUGCUCAUCAAAAAUCCAAGGUUGAUUGGUUUGGAAGCAAAAUCCUUAGCAUUGAAUUGGAUGAUUACCGUAAAUCAUCUAAGUCUGAAGACAUUCAUCAAUCCUUCAUUAGUUUUUUCACAAAUGUUUUUGGUACCCCGCUCAAGGACCAGUACAAUGGUUUUGAAAGGAUUAAUUCUCUGGUCCAGUCUAGAGUCUCUAUGGAACAAUCUAUAAAUCUUGGUAGUCCUGUCUCUGAUAAAGAGAUUAAGGAUGUUGUUUGGUCUCUUAAGGCUAAUAAAGCCCCUGGCCCGGAUGGAUUUACGGGUAGUUUUUUUAAGGCCUCGUGGGACAUUGUUGGGAACAUUAUUAUUGCUCUCAUCCCUAAGGUUCCUAGUCCUUUGAGAGUGGGUGACUUUAGGCCUAUUUCUUGUUGCAACACAAUCUAUAAGUGCAUAGCCAAGAUUAUUGCUAACAGAAUUAAGGCUGUCCUCCCUGAUUUGAUUGACCCUGUUCAAUCUGCUUUUGUGCAAGGUAGGAGGAUCUCUGAUAAUAUUUUUUUGUCCCAAGAGCUCAUGAGAGGUUAUCAUCGUCAGUCCGUUACUCCUAAAUGUGCUAUGAAAGUUGACAUUAUGAAAGCCUACGAUACUGUUAGACGGGAGUUUGUUAUUGAUGUCCUGAAGGCUAUGGCCUUUCCACUCUCUAUGAUUUCCUGGAUUAAGGCUUGUAUCACUAGUCCGUCGUUUUCCAUUUGUAUCAAUGGUAGCCUACAUGGCUAUUUCAAGGGCGCUAGAGGCCUUAGGCAGGGAGACCCAAUGUCUCCUUACCUGUUUGUCUUGGCUAUGGAAAUCCUGGCUAGAAUCCUUGCUGAGAAAUCCAAGCAUCAUCUUUUUAAAUUCCAUUGGAAAUGUGAGAAGACUAAGAUUGUUAAUUUGUGCUUUGCUGAUGAUCUUAUGAUAUUCAGCAAAGGGGAUGCGUCUACUGUGCAAUUGAUUAUGCAUGGGCUUGAGGAGUUCAAGAGUCUUUCGGGGCUUACUCCUAGUGCUGGCAAGAGUAAUAUCUUUUUCUGCGGCUGUGGUCCUAGUCUUAGGGAGGAAAUUCUUAAGAUUGUAAAGUUCAAUGAAGGUACCCUCUCUGUCAAGUACUUGGGUGUUCCCUUAAUCACCACUAAGUUGAGAGCCCUUGAUUGCCAGCAGCUUAUUGACAGAAUCACUAGCCGUAUUAAGAGUUGGACCAAUAAGGCCCUUUCUUAUGCUGGUAGAGCUCAGUUUAUCCAAACCAUUCUGUUCUCCAUGCAAGUCUAUUGGUCCUCAUUGUUCAUCCUCCCUAAGAAGGUUGUUAGAGAAAUUGAAAAUUUACUUAGAGCCUUUCUCUGGUCCGGGGUUGAUCUGAAAAACCAUAGUGCGAAAAUUGCUUGGGACAAGGUUUGCGCUCCCAAGUAUGAAGGUGGUCUGGGUUUUAAAUCUCUCGAGGUUUGGAAUAGAGCUGCUAUUGCCAAACAUAUGGUUCCUUUUCUCGGGGGUGAGAAGUCGAUGUGGUGCCAAUGGGUUAAAUCUUACUUACUCAAAGGCAAAAGUUUUUGGACCGGGGUUGAUCUGAAAAACCAUAGUGUGAAAAUUGCUUGGGACAAGGUUUGCACUCCCAAGUAUGAAGGUGGUCUGGGUUUUAAAUCUCUGGAGGUUUGGAAUAGAGCUGCUAUUGCCAAACAUAUUUGGUUCCUUUUCUCGGGGGGUGAGAAGUCGAUGUGGUGCCAAUGGGUUAAAUCUUACUUACUCAAAGGCAAAAGUUUUUGGAAAGUCUCUGUUCCUAGUGACCCUUCUUGGGUUUGGGAUGCUAUUAAAGUUAAGUGUAAUGUAAAGUGGCCUGACAUUUUUUGGCCUGAUAUUGUACAUGUUGCUAUUAGGGAGAGUAUGGGUAAAUCUCUGAGAGCCAUUACUACUAGACUGGCUCUGCUGUGUACAGUUUAUCAAGUAUGGAUUGAAAGAAAUAACAGAAUUUUUAAUAUGGAAAUGAAACCUGAAGAAGUUGUUAUCAAGUCAAUUGUUCAAAUGAUUAGAGGCAGGCUAAUGUCAUUAAACAAUUUACCUAGAUCUGCAAGUGAUGAAUGGUUCUUAAAGCAAUGGAAUUUGACUGAUUCCAUUCUAAAGCCCCGUACUCUGGUGGUGUCUGUUUCCUCGGAAAGUGGGUUGAGUGAAGAUAAGGAAGCAAUUUUCGAGUGUAGUGAGGUCCUAUACUGUGGGCCGAGUGAUGAGAGAAAUUCUACUAUGUUUAGAGAAUGUCUGCCAUCUUCACCAAACCUUGGACUGCCUUGCUGUGGUGUUGGUGCUGCUGGUGAUCCCCUUGCUGUCCGCUGCUUUAGUGUUUGCUGCUGCUUACCUGAUAGCUACUACUACCUGCUGGGUUGA